GGCGACGGGGCGGGACCUUAAUGUUCUCUGGGCGGACCGUCACAAAAUUUCGGUGCGGCGUUUCUACGGCGAUCCAGCAACUUCCACCGAUUCCACGCUGCUCCUCCCACUACUGUGUCACUCUCCCAAGUCCCCAAGCUUCUUCUCCCCCCGCCAGCCCAGGAUGUUCCAGCGCCUUCCAGCUGCGGGAUCUAGAUGCUUCUGCCCACACCUUGCCAGGCACUAACCGGCCCUGUUUCUCCCCUUUCUUUGGUGCCUGCCACCCCCUACUGGUUGAAGGUCCAGUGGUCAUGCUCCGUUGAGUGAGUAUCUAGCCGUAGCCAUGGGAAUUCCCCGAUCCGAUAUGGCUAUGCCAGGGGACUUCCCCAGAUGUCUUCAUGCUUCUUUUUGCUGGGCGAUAACUUCCGGGGGCGAUCUGGCUGCCUGAGGCUCACUAUCUAGAACGUUCCGCUCUUCUGCUCCGUCUCCUUCCCCCUCCAUUCACGGGUUCCCAGCCAAUCCGGAGCCGCAAUCACUCUGACCGCUUUGUGCCCUUUCAUACAUAGUUACUUUACUUACGAAUGUUACCACGGCUACCGUCGAGUACUACGCCGUACUAGUAGUUACUACUUCACUGGAUUUCAGCUUUCACUGUAUGUCACUUCAGUCAAUGCUGUUGCCCUGCCAGGCAUGCCACCUGGGAGGUACUCUAGACCCACAUAGUAAUUUCGAAAUAGCUACAGGUAUUAGAUAUCUACAUAGUUGCUAGUUAGCUUGCCUCCCUUGAUCUCUCUAGGGGUUUUAGGAAUCAUCAACAUCAAUUCAUUACUGGGACCAUUGACUCACACCUUACCCCCCCCCCCCCCCC